AUGGAUGUAGGGAAACAAUCAGGUUCUUCAUUCACUUCUGAUCUUUUUGGUUCAAAGGAAUCUUCUGCAUCAUCGUCUUCUCGGAUUUUCGACUCAAUUUUCGCACCUUCUACUCAGGUCUCCAGACAAGCAUCUUUACGCCCUCUGGAAUCCCAGAAGAAGCAAGACUCUGGAAAUACUGUUUGGAGCGUCAAUACUGGGGUUAUAGGCAAUAACACUCGAAGUGGUGAAGGUCAAAGAAAAAGCACACCGAGCAAAGACCUGAGUUUGGGUUGUCAGGAAGAAAAAGUUCGACCUUUUCAUUAUAGCUCAUCAAUAUUCUACGGUGGUCAAGAUGUCUAUUCUCGUCCCCAGAAUACUCAGAGCCAAGGACUAACUACUUUCGGUAAAGAUGGGGAAGAAGAUGACUCGGGCAGUGCUUCCAGAGGGAACUGGUGGCAGGGAUCUCUUUAUUAUUAG